AUGUCACCAAAAACCGAAAACGAAACUCACACGUCACAAGCAUCGACAUCUUCACCAUCACUUAUGACUGAUGAUCGUUGCCGAUGUAAUAGUAUGGAUGAGGUCGGAUCCACAUAUCCAUCAAAAUUUCAUUAUCGUCAAUUACAACAAGAUAUUAGUCUACCAAAUAUAGUUGUCUUCAUUAUAUCGCUAAACGAUUGUAAUCAAUGUCAAUCACGAAAAAAAUUUUCAGUUGAUAUUCAAUUAUUAUCAUACACAUUUCUUAUACGUUUAGUAAAUCGUAUAUUUAAUUUACAUUCAAAUUUUACAUUAAUCGCUAAAGAAUCAUCAUCGUUUAAGUGUAAUUUUCCAGUUACAGACGAUUUUGAUGUUGAUGGUUGUAUAAUGAAUAUGUUAGAUGAAAAUGAUUAUGAAAAUAAACAUCAAUCAUUACUUGAAUUUAUUGUUUAUAAAUAUCCAAGGACAAAAAAUCAAAUUCAAUCAAGUUCUGAUGAUUGGUGUAUAGUUGAAGAUAAUUAUACAAAUUUAAAUGAUAAAGAGGAUAAUUUCGAAAUCCUUGAAAUACAAAAUAAUUCCAUUUUAGUCACAAUUAAACCAAAAAAUAUUCAACAAGAAACAUUUUUACAAAAAGCAACUAGUUGGCUACAUGGUUCAGUUCAUUCAUCACCAAAUAAUUGUUUAACAAAAAAAGAAUUUUUACAAAUGUUAGAUCCAAUAACAGGUCGUUUAUUAGAUGAACCAGCAUUUCGACAACGUAUAUUUGAUAAUGGUUGUGAUGAAUCUAUAAGAAAAAUUGUUUGGUGUUAUUUAUUACGCGUAUUUAAUGAAUCAAUGACAAAUGAUGAUAAAAACGAAUAUAUAAUAAGAGAAAAUGAACGAUAUAACGAAAUGAAAGAAGCUUGGCAAAAUCGAUAUAAACAACAAGAUACCGAAAUAGUUGCACUUGAAAAUUUAAUACAAAAAGAUGUACAACGCACAGAUCGUUCAGUCAAAUUUUUUGAUGAUAAAGAAAAUUUAACAAGACAAAAAUUAUUUCAUAUACUUAUGACCUAUAUUGUUUAUCAUCCUGAACCUGGUUAUAUACAAGGUAUGAAUGAUAUGGUAGCACCUAUUUUAUAUGUUAUAAGAGAUGAAUCAUUAGCUUACGCAUGUUUUUGUUCAUUAAUGCGUCAUAUGGGUUCAAUAUUUCAUCCAAAUGGUAUUACAAUGAAUCGUCGAUUAGAUUUAUUAAGAAAAACAAUUCGAGCUAUUGAUAUCGAUUUGUGGACUAAAAUUGAGCAGUGUGAUAUUGGUAAUCUUAUGUUUGCUUAUCGUUGGUUAUUAUUAGAUUGUAAACGUGAAUUUCCAUUCAAGGAUAUAUUUCGUGUCUUAGAAACUUUAUGGGCAUCAUUACCAGUCGAUAGAUUUGAAUUAAAUAAUGAUAAUACAUUAUCGGAUAGAGAUGAUCUUUGUCCAUCAUCAUUAUGUAAUCCACAUCGUGCAUCAAUGCUUUCAUCAAUAUCAAAUACAAUAUUAUCAUCACGUUCAUGUUCGCCAACACUUGAAGAAACUCAAUCCCAACAUUCAAGUCUUGAUGGUGGUGAUUCAGGUUAUCGUGAUGAACAUAUUCCAGGUAUAUGUGAUUUUAAUUUACGUUCACAAAAAUGUGAGAAUUCAUCUUAUUUAACAUUUCGAACCAAUUUACCAACAACAUCAUGUAUACCGAUAGGAAAAUGGUUAGUACAGUUUUCAUCUAUUGACCAUGAUGAAAAUUAUUCAGAUAUGUUUACAAUAUUUCUAUGCGUUGCUUUACUUGAACAAAAUCGUUCAUCAAUUAUGCAAAUGUCACCAUUAAAUAGUGAUGAUGAUGAUUUUAUUGGUUCGUAUUUUACACGUCUUGUAAGACAACAUGAUGCACGACAUGCAUUACAAUUAGCACGAAAUUAUCAUCGACAAUAUGUUCUAUUUCAAAUGCGUGUCAAACAAUUAAUAUUGACCGAUAAUUAA